AUGGCAUUGCUAACCAUAGGUAUAGCUCUUGGCGUAUAUAUAUAUAACAAAAAAAUCCAUUUAAAGAAAAAUAAUCUGCAGGAUAGUGGCUCUACUCAUAAACCGUUAGAAGGCCCUUCAACUGUUAAUAACAAUGAGAGAAAACCUACAGAUCUAACUAAUAAUAGUACUCCUGCAGAUGAUUUAAAUAGUUCACAUAAGGAAGAAAUCUCAAGUAGUGUAUAUAUGGACUGUCCUGAAUAUAUUUCUGCUACAAUAGAAGAGGGUGAUAAAAAAAUGGAAUCUAGUGAAAACAACCCUACGUCCAAAUCUAUAGAAGAACAAAAGCAAGAAAAGAAAUCAUGGUUUUUUAGUAUUAAUCUUAAAUCAAUCUUAAAUUUCUUUCGUAGUGGAUCUAGUACUAAAGACAUUGCAAAAGAUGCUAGUAUAGAAACUAUUAUGAAUACAGAGGCGCCUUCAGAAGAAGAUGAAGAAAGUGGUAUGACUGAAGAAGAGAAACUUAAAGAUAUACUUGGAAAGAUACGUAUGGCAUGUGGUACUGUUUAUAAUAUACCAGAUGACUAUAUUAGUAACGAAGAAACUCAAAAAAAUAUUUUAAGCUACUUUAAUGAAGUUGUAAUAGAGGAGUUUUAUAAAGAUCGCAAGCAUAAGUACAUAACUUUGAAGGAUCUUUUAAUAGAAUUAAGUAAGAUACAAGAGAAAAGUAAUGAUAUUUUACCUAUAGGUUUGAGAUAUGUGUCUUUUAAAUGUCCAUCUUUAUUUAAAGAAGAUAAGUAUAUGCAUCGCUUGUUAUUGGGCUACUAUAACAGGAAAAAUGGCUCUCUAGAUAAAUUAAAAAUAGAAGGCUUUUCUCUAACAGAUAAGGAUUUUGGGAUUUCUUCCUUCAGUGAAUUGCUACGCAAUAUAGAGGAUCUCUGUCUUUUAAAUACAGUGGUUUCUAUCGAUUUACUAAGGGCUAUUUCUGAGAUGAAGAAUCUUCAAGUUUUAGAGCUUGGAGAACAAACUAAAAUACUAGAAGACAGUACGCCUGAACUAAAUUUGUCAAAUAUUCAGAAACUAUACAUGCAUGAUAUAGACAGCACGAGUGCACAGAAAAUUCUUCAAUUAUUGGGCCCAAGAGAUAAAGAUUUAGAUCUUACUAUAACCCGAAUUAAUUUUAUUCCAAGCUCUGUUAUUAAUAACAUAAAGUGUCUAGACAAGAUUGAAAUAUUUAAACUUAGUAAUACUACCUUUGAAAAGGAGCCGGAUUUCGGGUUCUUAGAAAAAAUGAAGAGCCUAGAUGUUCUUAGACUAUACAAAAUCAGGUACUCAUCUACAGAAGAACUAAAUGAAGAAAACAUAAACGAAAUACAAGAAAAAGUAGACCUUUUAAGUCCUACUUCGCAACAACUAGAUGAGAAAAAUGAUUUACCGAAUAAUAAAGUAUCACUCUUGGCAAAAAAUAACAUGAAAAUAGGAGAACAACUAACUGCAUCGCGUAUUUGUGUUGAUGGAAAGUUAUACAAUGACUUAGGACUAAGCAAACUAAAUGUUAAAGAGAAUGCUACUAUAAAUGUCAUGUUUCAUACUAUUUUACAAGAAAAUACUUCUUCACCAUAUAGUAUAAAUUUCAGUAUUUAUAAGGAACUCAGAGAAUUGAAUAUAUAUAUAAAUUCACGCAUAACACCUUGCAAGGCUAUUAUUAAUAUACUUAAGGGAAUAUCUUAUCCAUUCACAGAGUGUUCAGAUGUAGAAAAAAUAUAUGUGAUUAUGGAUGGGAAAGAAGACAUCCGAAUUAAGUUUGCAAAUAGGUUUUUAAGUAAACUAACUAAGCACUCUAGAGAUAAAAACAAUGUAAAGAAGAUAAUUAUUGAAGUAAGAGGGUUAUGCGAUAUUAGUACAAGCGUUGUUGACGCAUUUAACCGGAAGUUUAAAAAACUUUAUUUCUUAGAAUUAAAGAACAUAUCUUUAACUGUAUCAGAGAAGUCUAAAGAAAAUACUGAAAAUGGCUUAGAUAAACAAACAAGCAUAUCUUAUGAAAAAGUCAAUGAUUCUAUCAAAGACUAUUUAUUUAGAAGAAAAACCAAGGCUGGUAAUCUUGAAAUGGUAAACCCGAAAUAG